AUGAACUUCAUCUUGCCCACCACAAUCCCCACAGCCUCUGCCUCUCUCUGCAUCCGCCGCCAUUCCGCUGUCGGCUUCUCCCUCCCCUCCCCCCUCAAGCCCAUCCGCUUCCGAAUUCCACCCAAACCCCCACGCUUCUCCACAGUCCCCUCUAUCUCCCCCUCCCUCAAGACCCCGACAGUCAGCGACCUAUUCCUGCUCGCCGCAGGCCUCCUCUCCCUCUCCGGCAACCGCCCGCUCCCCGCCCUCGCCUCCACUCCCCCGCCAACUCUGCAGCCACAGGAAAUCGAGGGGCAACACGAAGACGAGCAGCAAGAAUCCGAAGAGAGGAAGCAGGAGGUCGAGAAAGCAGAGGUAAAAGAGAAAGAGGAGCAGCACGAGGAUGAGGACGACGAUGAGAUGCGUAUGUAUUCGGCGAUUCUGAGCCACAACCCCGGCGAUGUGGACGUGCUCAAGUGCGCGCUGUACAGCAAGAUGAGGCACGCGGACUGGGGUGGUGCGCUCCGGUAUGCACGGCGGCUGCAUGACGCCGAGCCCGGCGAGGUGGAGUGGCGGCUGAUUAUUGCGCAGCUGCACAAGCUCAGUGGAAACCUCGCCGAGGCCGAGCGUCAGUUCGAGGAGGUCCUAGCAGAGGAGCCCCUUCUCGUUCGUGCUCUCCAUGGACUUGCACUGUGUAUGCAUAAGAAACUUGAAGGCCCUACUCUUUUUGAAAUGCUCGAGAAUGCUUUGCAAGUUGCGAUUUCUGACAAAAGGGUCCCGGAAGAGCGAAACAUAAGGAUUUUGAUUGCACAAAUGCAUGUUGUCAUGGGUCAGUUAGACAUUGCAUCUGAGAAACUACAAAAUCUUAUAAAUGAGGAUCCUCGAGAUUUUCGGCCUCACCUUUGCCAGGGCAUUGUGUAUGCACUUUUAGACAGGAAAGAAGACGCAGAUAGGCAAUUUGAUAUAUACAGAAGCCUUGUGCCAGAUGAAUUCUCAGAUAAGAGUUUUAUUAGUGAUGUUAUACUAGCAGCUAAAAUGGAGUCAGAUGAUCGGAUACAAAAGGAAUUUGGAUCAGAAUUUCUAUCAAAGAAAUGA